AUGUUAUUAAGGAGUGGACGACGAACAUCAGAGUUUCCUGUUAACACCACCGGCCAGCAAGCUGAACAUUCCAACCCCCACGUUGAGCCUAACGUUUCAGAGGAUAUCAACAUGGCCAACCAGACCUUGAAGCAAUUGGCCACUCCUAACUUGGCUGCGCAACCACCAUCUAUCACUUUUCCUGCCCUUGAUAGGCCAUUAAAGCUUAAUUCAGGAUUCCUGAACUUGUUGCCGAAAUUCAAUGAACUACCAGGUGAGGACCCUUACCGUCAUGUUAAUGAAUUUAUAAUAACUUGUUCGACUAUGCAGCCAGAUGGCAUUGAAGAGGAACAAAUCAAGCUCCGAGCUUUUCCUUUCUCGUUACAAGGUUUGGCGAAGGACUGGUUAUAUUAUAUGCCGCCAGGUUCAUUUACGACAUGGACAGGGUUGCACAAAGCUUUUCUUGAGAAGUUCUUUCCGGCAUCGAGAAUAGGGUCAAUCAGGAAGGAAAUUUGUGGAAUUAAGCAACUGGUAGGUGAGUCAUUGUACGAGUACUGGGAAAGAUUUAAACGGCUAUGUGCGAGUUGUCCACAGCACCAGAUUAGUGAACAGCUUUUAGUACAAUAUUUUUAUGAGGGGUUGAUGCCACAAGAUCGAGGAAUGAUUGAUGCAGCGAGUGGAGGUGCAUUGGUUGAUAAAACUCCGGAGCAAGCCCAAAAUUUGAUUGCCAAUAUGGCGCAGAAUACACAGCAAUUCGGUCUCAGGAGGUCUGAUUUGGGUAAACGAAUGGAUGAGGGCCAGUCGAGUAUGAUGGAGGCUCAGUUAGCUAACUUAAUGGCUAUGGUAAGUAAAUUGAUGACUGGAGGUAAUGCGAAAGCUUCACUAUGUGGCAUUUGUUGUUUGGAAGGACAUACCACAGAUAUGUGUCCAACAUUACAGGAAGGGGAAGCUAACGCCAUCUUUCCAAAUCAGAGAAAGUAUGAUCCAUAUUCAGCUACCUAUAAUGAGGGAUGGAGAGACCACCCCAAUCUCAGAUACCAAAACCGUGCCACACCUCCGGGAUUUGAGCAGCAAAAUUCCCGACCAUAUAAUUCGUCACAGCAACAACCCAACCAUCAAAACCUUAGUGCUGAAACCAAAACCCAUACCAUGCUUGAACAAAUGAUGAAAAUGAUGGCUGAUCAGAAGAAGGAAACCGAUGGAAGAUUUCAGUCUUUGGAAUUGGCAGUGAAGCAGUUGCAAACCAGAGCUUCGUCGACCGACGUUAAUCUUGGGAACUUACAUGCACAGGUAAAUAACCGGUUACCAUCACAGCCUGUGGCAAAUCCGAGGGAUAAUGUCAGUGCUAUAACUUUGCGAAGUGGGAAGGAGUUGAGAUCAUCACUAAAGAAGGCCCAAAAUAGCAAUGAGGUGGACGAAACUGAGGUAAGAAAGGUCCAAUUUAGUGAUAGUCAAGAGGAAAAUUUAACCUUGCCAAAGGCUGAUUUACAACCAUCGCAAGCAGCUCCAAAGGAAGCAGGGAAAUCACGUUCACAACAGUCCACUACUUUGCGCGAUACAGCAAAUUUUGAGCAAGAGACAAGGGUUCCCGAACUUCGAGCUCAAGCAAGUCAAGAUGCUAAUAAACAGCCUCGGUCUUAUGUGCCAAAGGCGCCGUUUCCAUAG